CUGACAGUUGCCUCUGGAAGGAUCUGGAAUGCACCUGAAGCUCCCAGGACUUGAAGACAGACCUCCAAAGACUUGGAUCAGGCAGUUCCCAAAUGUGGCAGCUUUUAGCAGCAGCAUGCUGGAUGCUUCUUCCUGGAUCUAUGUAUGGUUAUGACAAGAAAGGAAACAAUGCAAACCCUGAAGCUAAUAUGAAUAUUAGCCAGAUUAUUUCUUACUGGGGUUAUCCUUAUGAAGAGUAUGAUGUUACAACAAAAGAUGGUUAUAUCCUUGGAAUUUAUAGGAUUCCACAUGGAAGAGGAUGCCCAGGGAGGACAGCUCCAAAGCCUGCUGUGUAUUUGCAGCAUGGCUUAAUUGCAUCUGCCAGUAACUGGAUUUGCAACCUGCCCAACAACAGUUUGGCUUUCCUUCUGGCAGAUAGUGGUUAUGACGUGUGGUUGGGGAACAGCCGAGGAAACACUUGGUCCAGAAAACACCUUAAAUUGUCACCCAAAUCACCAGAAUACUGGGCCUUCAGUUUGGAUGAGAUGGCUAAAUAUGACCUUCCAGCCACAAUCAAUUUUAUCAUAGAGAAAACUGGACAGAAGCGACUCUACUACGUGGGCCACUCACAAGGCACCACCAUAGCUUUUAUAGCAUUUUCUACAAACCCAGAACUGGCUAAAAAGAUUAAGAUAUUUUUUGCACUGGCUCCAGUUGUCACAGUUAAAUACACCCAAAGUCCUAUGAAAAAACUAACAACCCUUUCCAGGCGAGUAGUCAAGGUGUUGUUUGGUGACAAAAUGUUCCACCCUCAUACAUUGUUUGACCAAUUCAUUGCCACCAAAGUGUGCAAUCGAAAGCUAUUCCGUCGUAUUUGCAGCAACUUCCUAUUUACUCUGAGUGGAUUUGAUCCGCAAAACUUAAAUAUGAGUCGCUUGGAUGUUUAUUUGUCACACAAUCCUGCGGGAACAUCUGUUCAGAAUAUGCUGCACUGGGCUCAGGCUGUUAAUUCUGGUCAGCUCCAAGCUUUUGAUUGGGGAAACUCUGAUCAGAACAUGAUGCACUUCCACCAGCAUACACCUCCUUUAUACAACAUUACUAAGAUGGAAGUUCCAACAGCAAUAUGGAAUGGUGGACAGGACAUUGUUGCUGAUCCCAAGGAUGUCGAAAAUUUACUUCCUCAAAUUGCUAACCUUAUUUAUUACAAGAUGAUUCCACACUACAAUCAUGUGGAUUUUUAUCUUGGAGAGGAUGCACCUCAGGAAAUUUACCAAGACCUAAUUAUAUUGAUGGAAGAAUAUUUACAAAAUUAAAUGCACUUUCCUUUCUCUA